AUUUUUAGAGCAAAAAAAUGGGAGAUGUAUACAGAGAUUAUUGUCUUAUUUUGUAUUCCUUUCCUUAUUUUUUUUUUCAUUUCUUCUGUGUUCUCGGGUUAAAAGCCUUCAGUUCUCCCUCCUUCCCUCUCUCUCUCUCUCCGCUUUCUCCGUCCUCCAGCGUGCUCCGUUGCUGACUCUAAUCGUCUUGUUCUGCUAAGACAUUCUUUGCUGUCAAUCUUUUCUAUCACCCCUCGAUUACCCAUUUGAUUAGACUCUGCUUUUGUUUUACUCUCUAUCCUUGCCUCUGUUUCUGCUCUGGGUUUCUUCUUAUAUGAUUUCCCAGUUCGGUGAACUUGACUGAGGAGAGAUAGUUCUGGUGUGGGUCUCUUCAGGGCUGAAGCUUGAAGGUUGGAAAGAUUCUUUUCUGGGUUUUUGUUUCUCCGUUCUUGUUUGUCUGUGGAGAGAGCUGUUACUGAAGAAUGACGGUUGAAGAAAGAUUGGGAAUUGUCGGGGAUGAUGAACCGAGGGAUCAGUUUCCGGUGGGCAUGCGUAUCCUUGCCGUCGAUGACGAUCCCACUUGUCUGAGGUUAUUAGAUACUCUGCUACGUCGAUGCCAGUACAAUGUUACAACAACCAGCCAGGCUAUCACGGCACUGAAGAUGUUGAGAGAAAACAGAAACAAAUUCGACCUUGUUAUCAGUGAUGUCCAUAUGCCGGACAUGGAUGGCUUUAAGCUUCUCGAACUUGUGGGGCUCGAAAUGGACCUACCUGUCAUCAUGUUGUCAGCAAAUAGUGAUACCAAUGUCGUGAUGAAGGGGAUUACUCAUGGUGCUUGUGACUAUUUGUUGAAACCGGUUCGACUUGAGGAACUCAAGAACAUAUGGCAACAUGUAGUCAGGAGAAAGAAGUUUGACUCCAAGGGUCACAAUAAUUCUAACCAUCAAGAAAAGCCUCAUCAUGGAGACAAUGAAGGUGGACAAGGGCCAACUGCAACUGGAAACACAGAACGGAAUGGGAAAUUCAACAGGAAACGGAAGGACCAGAAUGAGGAUGAGGAUGAGGAGUCUGAGGAAAAUGGGCACGAGAAUGAAGAUCCAUCCACGCAGAAGAAGCCUCGGGUUGUUUGGUCUGUGGAGCUGCACCGCAAAUUUGUUGCGGCUGUUAACCAAUUGGGUAUUGACAAGGCUGUACCAAAGCGGAUUCUAGACUUGAUGAAUGUAGAAAGGCUUACUAGAGAAAAUGUGGCAAGCCACCUUCAGAAAUAUAGGCUUUACCUGAAAAGGAUCAGUUGUGUAGCAAACCAGCAAGCAAACAUGGUUGCUGCUUUAGGGGUCAAAGAUCCAUCCUAUUUGCGCAUGAGUUCACUGGAUGGACUUGGAGACUUUCACUCCAUGAAUGGAUCAACACAACUCUCAAAUUCUUCGCUUGUUUCCUUCCCACCAGGUGUGAUGCUUAAUAGAUUGAAUACCCCUGCUGGAUUAGGCUUGCGUGGGCUUGCUUCUUCUGGAAUGAUUCAACUAGGUCGCUCUCAAAGCCCCAGCAACUCCAAUGAUCUUGGGAAGUUCCAGCAGGUUAGCCUAUCUGGAAACCAAAAAGGUAACUUACUCCAUGGGAUGCCAACAUCUUUGGAUCUUGAUCAGCUGCAGCAGAGCAAGGGCAUUUCCUGCAUUGGGGAGUUUUCUAGUUCAGUUGGGGAUCCAAAAGUUUUUCCAGUUGCCAGCAGCUUUUCAGACAAUGGGGUGGCCAUUGGUAGCUCAAGCAACUCUUUUCUCGGUGUUGCAAAUAAUCAUUUGGUAUUACAAGGACACCAACAACAGACACAAAAUAGAGGAGGAUUGACAAAUCAAUCCUCUGUUAGAGUGGCUCCACUGAAUGCAGACCCUUUUGAUGUUAGUGGUAGCGUUUCUUCCCACUUGCCAGAUCAGGGAAGAUUGAAUGGUAACUGGCAAAGUGCUGUUCCAUUAACUGGGUUUUCAUCAAACUCUUUGCCACUAAGUGAUCCUUUUAACAAUGGAGAUUUAUCUUCUAGUUGUUUGAGAGAUGAUAAUUCAUCAAAUGGUUCUCAUCUUGGGAGCAACCCACUCAAUGUUUCUACUGCCAGUGUAGUAACUGCAUCAUUGCAGGAUUCAAGAAGAGAUGUACAAUGCCAAGCAGGUAGCCCAUCUGGUAACAGUGUUCAACAUGAUAACCCAAAAUUCUUGAACUUCAGAGGUUUUGGUUCGUGUAUAAGCCAGAGUAUGACCUAUCCCUCAAAGCAAGGAUGGGAAGACCAUAAACAAGAUUACACCCAUGGCUCAAAUCUUAUGUUCAGAUCCUUAAAUUCUUCUUUGCCUAGCCAUGGUGUUGUGAGUCCCUUAAACCAGAGCUUGGGACAGAAUAGUGUGGUCUGCAGUACAAACACAGAUGCCAAUUUGGUUGGCCAAUCAAAUACUGGUGCUCCAUUUAUAUUGCAGAAUAAUGAGAUUGAGAAGUCAGUUAUGGACGCAACCAUGAAGUUGAACUUAUUGGAGCAAUCUAGGUCCCAAGGCGAGUACAUCUCUAAUAAUUGUGGCUCCUUGGAAGAUUUAGUUAGUGCAAUGAUUAAACGGGAAAGGGAUGAGGUAACGCUAAUGGAUGGAGACAUUGGCUGUGAUGUUUAUCCCCUUGGAACAUGUAUGUGAAACUUUGAUAGCUACCAACUUAUAGAGGAGAAAAGACUGCAACAUUAUAAAUGCCUCCUUGAGGAGUUUGUAUAAUCAUGUAUCUCUUUGCUUUUAUGUAUUGCUUAUCUGUAUGUCAUCAAAUUCCAUUUGGUAGUUCCACUUGCUACUUGCUUUUUCCAAUUUUCUUACUCUUGUUUUUUUUCAAUAUCCUCAUUUUAUUUCCUGAUGAUGAAGCAGUGGCAUGAGAGACCAUCAACCUUCUUAUUUCUGGUGGUUCCCACUCUUCUAUAUUAUGUAAAAUAGUAAGUCGAAGCUGUUUGUAUGCAAUUAAUUUCAAGUCGUUACGCCAUA